AUGGAAACAAGCCAGGUUACACAGAGACUCCUGAGGCGCCAGCCCUGGAGCAUCCUAGAGGUUGAACCCGGACAGCCAACCUCUGCAACAGGCUGGGAGCUGAAGCGCAAGCCAGAAAUAAGAGGUUCCAAGACUAAGACAGACGUGGCGCAGACCCUGCAGAGGCCCCCGGCUCCGCCCCCACCCGGGUAGUUGAAAAACAGCCGCAGCCCCGCCGUCGCCGCCCACUGCGCCUAGACCUUGCCAGGACCGGACCACUUGGAACCCACAUACCCGUCUCCCCGCAUUCCUCGCCUAUGGCUGACCAACUCUUUCAGCGCAAACCCUGGGACCCCGAGCAGCUUCGCCCGGACCCCGACUCUGACUCCGAAGGCCUGUUUGACAAGGCUCCUCCGGAAGAGCCCCCCGCUGUCCGUGGGCCCAAGUCGGCGUGGGCCGGGGGCAGGAAGGCGGGUCGGCGCACUGGCGGGAAGGCGCAAGGGGCCCGCCCCGGGCAGCCGCCUAAGGGCGCGAUGCGCCCCCAGCCCCAGGAAGAGGCCCCUCCAUUGGACGAAGGCUGCUAUCUCGACCAUUUUCCGCACCUCUCCAUCUUUAUCUACGCGGCCAUCGCCUUCUCCAUCACCUCCUGCAUCUUUACCUAUAUCCAUUUGCAGCUUGCCUGAUUGGCGGGGGCGGGACGGGAUGCGCGCAGGGCCGAGGCGGGCGGGAAGGGAAAGGAAGUGCUCAGCAUUUUGUGCCUGGAGACGCGCCGCACCCCCUUCGUCUAGCUUUUGACGCUUGUGUCUUUUCUUCUCCGCUUGUCGCCGCCUUUGUCUAACUGUCCAUCAGUAUAAACAUCCAAAGCAGCUGUCGCUAAUGAAAUGAGCACCUGGGGACGAGGGGACGGGAACACAGUCAGACUUCAACGUUUAGAGUCUUCGCGGUGAGAUGGAUCCCCAUUUAUCAUGAGGAUAAUGUCUCUGGACCCUACCGCUUUGUGAGGUGGGGGGACGCAGAGGGAGCCUGUCGUUUUGUGUCUGGGGCGUGUACAGCGAGUCCAACCUUCUGUUUUUUAAGGGAUGAGCCGACCCGGGCCGCGGACUUCCAGAGAGGGCCCCGCGGGGAGGGUCGGCGCCCUAGCCUGGGCUGGGGCCGCAGUCCUGUGGUGCUGCAUCGCCCGACCACCCCCUCCCAGGAGCCAGCUGUGCCCCUCACCCCACCCCGAGCUGGCGCAGACAGCCCGGCGCGUGGGAGGGAGCUGGCGGACCUGAGCGCGCAGCGGACGUCACAAGAGCGCAGCACACAGCUUUGAUGACGCUAUCGAUAUCGGAACCGAGCGGAAACAUGGCCAAAGGAGCUAUUCUGCCAGGAAGUCACGCUCUCGUCGUGUCCUGGACGCUUGGGACCAGCGGCUGCAGACCUCCAGGGACGCGCCGGCCCAUAGCUUGCACGCUGCGCUGCGCGGGAUGAGGCUUGGGGCCCAAGAGAGGGUUGCCGUUGCGUCUUUAGGAAUUGAGGGAGUGGGUGGGGGUUGCUUAUCCUGGCCCGGAGCCCUUCUAGAGCCUCGCAAAAGGGAGUGAGAUUUCUGAUUGACGAGAAUUCGCUCUAGGAAAUCACCCAACCCCUGGGGGUUUGUCAUCUCAUACCCAAAAGGCGCAAUACCAAAACCCACCUUGGCAGGUUAUUUACCCACAUGCCAUCUCUGUUUUCUCAUGAAUGUUUAAUGUCAAAACAUAGCUCUCUACUACAGUGUAUACUUGGAAAUGUCUGCAAUUGUGGUACCUCUGAUGAAAUAAAUUCUUCCUUUUCCGUCUCCUCUA